CGCGGGGCGCGCCCCCGCAGAGCCGCCGGCUGAGGGCGCGGGGCGGUGGCCCGGCGGCGGGGGCAGGCGAGGGGAGGCGGCGGCGGGCGGCGAUGAAGGGCCGGCGGAGAGGAUGCCCCCGCCUCGCCCGCCGGGCUCCAACUUCGCGGAGAACUAUCGGCCCCGCAGCCCCCGCGCCCGCCCUGCCUCUCCAGGCCGCGCGUCCAACUUAAUGCCCCAGCGGGAGCCCCAGCCAGCAGCCCCCCCGGCCUCUGGCCUCCGCACUCCCCCGCAGCAGCCCGGGCUCCCGGCGGCCUCCCGGUGCCGGCGGAGCCCCUGGCCCCGGCGCGCGUGGGUCCCGCGGCGCCCGGGGCGGCGGCAGAGCGGCAUGCGGCGGCCCCGCGCACCAUGAGACAGGGCACCGGCACCGGCGGCAGGCAGGAGGCGGGCAGCGUCCCCGGCUCCUCGUCGGCGAGGAAGAGUUUGCCGGCUCCCGAGGCCGGCCUCCUGCGCGGCUGGAGCAGCGGCGGCCGCUGCCGCAACGGCACCGGGAGGCACCGGAAAAGCGGCGGCAUCCAGCUCGCCGGCACCGGCACCGGCGGCGGCUCCCGCGCCCAGGUGGCCACCGCGGACAGCAGCAGCAGCGGCGGCGGCGGCUGGGGCUUCCCCGCCGCGCUCCCGCAGCACCGGCACCCCAGAAAAAACUGCUUAGACAAUCUAAUGGAUGAAGAUGAGAAAGACAGGGCAAAGAGGGCUUCGCGUAACAAGUCUGAGAAGAAGAGGCGCGAUCAGUUCAAUGUUCUCAUCAAAGAGCUCAGCUCCAUGCUUCCAGGCAACACUCGCAAAAUGGACAAAACCACUGUGCUGGAAAAAGUCAUCGGCUUUCUGCAGAAACACAAUGAAGUCUCAGCACAGACGGAGAUUUCUGAAAUUCAGCAGGACUGGAAGCCUUCAUUUCUCAGCAAUGAAGAAUUCACCCAACUGAUGUUGGAGGCAUUAGAUGGCUUCAUUAUAGCAGUAACCACAGGUGGAAGCAUCAUCUAUGUGUCUGACAGCAUCACACCUCUUCUGGGGCAUUUACCGUGUGAUGUCUUGGAUCAGAAUUUGUUAAACUUCCUCCCAGAACAAGAACACUCAGAAAUUUAUAAGAUGUUAUCUUCUUGUAUGCUUAUGACAGAUUCUGCCUCAUCUGAUUACCUAAAAACUGACAAUGAACUAGAGUUUUAUUGUCAUCUUCUGAGAGGAAGUUUGAACCCAAAGGAAUUUCCAACAUAUGAAUACAUAAAAUUUGUAGGAAAUUUUCGGUCUUACAGCAAUGUGCCUAACUCCACUUGCAAUGGCUUUGAGGAGGCUGUCCCAAGGGCUUACAGAGCAUCCCCAGGAAAACAGAUUUGCUUUGUGGCAACGGUUCGCUUGGCAACACCUCAGUUUUUAAAGGAGAUGUGCAUCGUAGAAGAACCUCUAGAAGAAUUCACAUCAAGACACAGUCUGGAGUGGAAAUUUUUAUUCCUGGAUCACAGAGCGCCGCCGAUCAUCGGAUACCUCCCAUUUGAAGUGCUGGGAACUUCUGGCUACGACUAUUACCACAUAGAUGACCUGGAGCUGCUAGCAAGGUGCCAUGAACACUUGAUGCAGUUCGGCAAGGGGAAGUCGUGCUGCUAUCGGUUUCUGACCAAAGGACAGCAGUGGAUCUGGCUCCAGACCCAUUACUACAUCACCUACCACCAGUGGAACUCCAAGCCAGAGUUCAUUGUGUGCACUCACAUGGUGGUAAGUUAUGCAGAUGUUCGUGUGGAGAGGAGACAGGAGAUGGGCUUGGAAGAAGUGUCCUCAGAGGUGGUGUCCUCAGCACUAAAGGAGAGUGGUGCCAGCUUGGAUCCUGAACAGCACUUUAAUGCACUUGAUAUUGGUGCCUCAAUCCUCAGCGCUAGUCGGACACCCUCAGUAUCAUCCAGGAGCUCGCCAAAAUCUUCCCACACACCCAAGUCAGACCCAGCAUCUACACCAACAAAGCUGAUUACAGAGUCCAACACUGCCUUGCCGAGAGCACCGAGCGCACAGCAGGAUUUAUCUGUGCACAGACUCAGCCAGCCUACUGCUCUUCAGGUUUCUUUGCCUUCUCAGCUUCCAUGUGAGCUUCUCCCACAGCAGUUGCUGCCUCAAGCAACUCUGCAAAAUCAGCCUGCACCUCUGGCACAGUUCUCGGCACAAUUCAGCAUGUUCCAGACCAUCAAGGACCAGCUGGAGCAGCGGACACGGAUCCUGCAGGCCAACAUCCGCUGGCAGCAGGAGGAGCUCCAGAAGAUCCAGGAGCAGCUCUGCCUGGUCCAAGACUCCAGCGUACAGAUGAUCUUACAGCAGCCAACAGUGUCCCUGAGCUUUAGCAACACUCAGCAGCUGGACCCACAACAGCUACAGCAGAGGUCAGGGACCCUUUCUCAGCAGCAGCUAGUCCCCAGUUCUCAACUUCAAGGGCAAAUCACAUCUUCACAAACAGCGAACCAGCAGUCACUGAGAGAAGCAAGCGUGAUAUCGAGCCAGGGUCCGAAGGCGGCGCGGAGCGCGGAGCUGGCGCCGGGCGGCGGCCGCGCCCCGCCCCGCCCCGCGCCCGCGCCGUUCGCCUCAGGCGGCGGCGGCCCCGCGGCGCCCCCUGGCGGCCUGUCCCGCGGCGGCACCCCCGCGCCCGCCGGCUGCAGCCACGACCAGCAGCUCAGAUUGUUGCUUAGCCAGCCUAUUCAGCCCAUGAUGCCUGGGUCCUGUAAUGCAAGACACCCUUCAGACCUCAGCAUGACGGGAUCCCAGGCCAAGUAUUCUCAAACCCAACAAAUGUUUCAAAGUUUGGAAGUGCAGACUUCCAGCAGCAGCUCUCCAAUCGUACUGAUGGGACAAGCAGUGUUAAACCAAGGGUUCACCACUACCCCUCCUUCCCAGCCAUCCUCUUUGCCACCUAUGCAACUCCAGCACCAACAGCAUCAGCAGCAACGCUACCUGCAGGUGCAAACACCAAGUUCUUUGCACAAUGAACAACCCGAUUCUUUGCUCCUGCCAUCUUACUCGCCACAGCAAGGAAAUAUGGGGUAUCAUCAGACACAGCAGCAGCAACAACAGCAACAGCUAACAUCAAGAAGAAGGAAUAGUUUAUCAGAAUCAUCAAAUUUACCACAGCCACUGCGAUAGAGUCCCACCAGCACAAUCAAUGCACGAUUAGCUUUAACCAAUGGGCACAUGGGGCAGAAGAGAAUGACUUUGUACUUACUGUUCUGGCUUUUGCACAAGCAUUUCUUUCCAAGCUCUGUGACAGAAGUACGCCCAGAGUGCAGACUGCCACGGACAGCGCAUUCCCGUUUGCGCUGUGUCGAGAGCACAGGAUGUACUGACAGAGCAGAGUCACAAGGGGCACUAUCCUGUGCAGCCUCCAUCACCGCUGGGAGCACGGGAAGAGGCCGUCAGUCCCGCCGCGUCACCCUGGAAGCCAUCAGGCAAUUCCAAAAGACUGUCAACAGACUCGUGAGGUACUUGGCCUUCACUGUUUCAGUUCUUCUUUUGUGUAUGAAAAGCACUGCGUCAAAGGUCUAUCGAGGAGAGAACAAGAGAUUAUUUUUAUUAUGAUUAUUGUUAUUAUUUUGCACAACUGCACAGAUGAGAAAACUAGGCACUUUCUGUAAAGAGAAGUUUGUUUCUUUAUUCUUGUGGCCAAAUUAGCACAUCCAAUGGAGGAAAAAGCCCAGCCAUUGGUGAAGAUGGUCUACAGCUCAUAACCCUUGAUUUAGAAUCUGAAAAGUAUUAUGCAGCUUACCCUAACUGUUUUUCAUUACUAAAAACAAACCAACCAAAAAAAACCAAACCCACAACCCACACUGGACUGUUUCCUACAUGAAUUGUGAUUGCAAAUGAGAACUCAAAUUGUAAGCACAAUCAUGCAAUUCUUCGGUAGUACAACAUGAAUCCUUCUUCAACCUAAACUCACCCACUCCAAGUCUCUGAGAAAUAUGCACUGUGUUUUGGCCCACUGACUUGGGAUGCUGCAGACUAUUACAUAUCUCUUUCAUUAUAACAUUUAGGAUUAAAUUUUCCUUUGGAGGGAAAAAAACAAAAGAAAAUGCACUUUUCGCUUUUUUUGUAUGUUUUCCGUUGAUAUGUUUCUAAGAAAGAUUUUAUGUAAUUAUUAAAUAAAAAGUAGUGUAUUGUACAGCUGUUGUAAUAAUGACCUAUUUCUAUAUAAAAUAAAAUUAUAUGGAAUUAUGUGGAAAUUAUUUUGUAUAUGAAAUAUCAACUCAUUUCACAAGUAUAAAGAUUGUGCUUGUGUUUUUUUGUGAGUGGGUAUUUUGUAAUAAACUAAUGAAUUAGAAAUGUUUUUGUGAAGGGAACUACUGUUUCAUGCUAUAUACAACUCAAACUAUUAUUUUUUUCCAUUUAAUGAUGGACAGUUGUCUUUAUUUGUAGAAUAAAAUAAAAUAGCCAAAAGGCUUUAUUGCAGGACUUGCA